AUGGCAGCCAAAACAAUCAUCGUCACCGGCGCUUCGCGAGGCCUCGGCCUCGCCAUAUCCAAAUACCUCCUCACCACCAGCCCACCAAACAACAUCAUCGCGCUUGCCCGCAGCGCCGAACCCCUCCAAACUCUCAAGACGCAAUACCCUAAUAACGUCGAAUACAUCGCGGGCGACUUGACAGAUACCACAAUCGGCGACAAAGCCGUAGAACUAGCGCUGUCCAAAUUCGGCAGUCUCGAUGGGUUGGUACUCAAUCAUGGUGUUUUGGGUCAGGUGGCGGUUAUAGGGAAAGCGGAUGCGGAGUUGUGGAAGCAUGGGUUUGACGUUAAUUUUUUUAGUUUGGUUACUUUUACGAAAGCAGCUCUCCCAGCCCUCCGCAAAUCCAAGGGUAAAAUCAUCUUUACGUCCUCCGGCGCUGCGGUCUCUGCGACGACCGGGUGGGCAUGUUACGGUGCCACAAAGGCUGCGCUCAACUAUUACGCUAUGGCGUUGGGCGUGGAAGAGCCGGAUGUCACGUCUAUUUCCCUUCGACCGGGUAUGGUUGACACCGAGAUGCAACGAGAAAUCCGCGAGGAUCAUGCCAAGUCAAGCGAUUUACCGCCUGGAGCACUUCAGAGAUACGAGGAGGCGCAUAGAGAUGGGAAGUUAUUAAAGCCGGAGCAGCCGGGGAAUGUGAUGGCGCGGUUGGUGCUGGAUGCGCCUAAGGAGUUGAGUGGGAGAUUUAUAUCAUGGAACGACAAAGACCUCGCCGCGUUCCAGGACUAA